UCCGGGUCAGAGGGCGGCGAGGGGGCGGAAGCGGAGCAGCAUGUCGGCGAUCGGGGCGCUGGAGCCCGUGCGGGGCGGCCCCUUGUUCCGGCCCCUCAGCGCCGAGGACGAGGAGCAGCAGCCGGACGAGAUCGAGUCCCUCUGCAUGAGCUGCUACCGCAGCGGGGUGACGCGGCUGCUGCUCACCAAGAUCCCCUUCUUCAGAGAGAUCAUCGUCAGCUCCUUUGCCUGCGGCAGCUGUGCUUGGUCCAACAGCGAGAUCCAGUCGGCGGGGCGGAUCCAGGAGCAGGGGGUGCGCUACACCCUCGCCGUUACUGCACGGCAGGAUAUGAAUAGGGAAGUAGUGAAGACAGAUUGUGCCACGGCUAGAAUCCCAGAGCUAGACUUUGAAAUUCCUGCUUUUUCUCAGAAAGGAGCUCUUACCACAAUCGAGGGAAUAAUUGACAGAGCUGUCGCUGGCCUGGAGCAGGAUCAGCCAGUCCGCAGGGCAGCAGACAAAUGUGUGGCAGGAAAAAUAGAUGAGUUUAUUGUCAAACUCAAGCAGCUGAAGGAAGUGGAUUCUUCUUUCACCUUUAUCAUAGACGACCCUUCAGGUAAUAGCUUUGUGGAGAAUCCUCGUGCGCCGCAGAAAGAUGACGCUCUUGUGGUUACUCAUUACAGUAGGACUGCCCAGCAGGAUGCUAUGCUUGGCCUGGAGGCAGAGGAGACUGAUGAGAACUCAGCUGACUCUGUGGAGGAUCUGAGGAAUGAAGUGUUGCAGUUCAACACAAACUGUCCGGAAUGUAAUGCCCCAGCCAAUACUAACAUGAAGCUAGUGCAAAUUCCACACUUCAAGGAAGUGGUCAUCAUGGCUACAAACUGCGAGGCCUGUGGGCACAGGACGAAUGAGGUUAAAUCUGGAGGAGCAAUAGAACCACUGGGUACCAGGAUCACCCUUCAUGUUACAGACCCUUCAGACAUGACAAGAGAUAUACUAAAGUCAGAGACAUGUAGCGUGGAGAUUCCAGAGCUGGAGUUCGAGCUUGGCAUGGGAGCGCUGGGGGGGAAAUUCACCACUCUGGAGGGCCUGCUGAAAGAUAUCCGAGAUCUGAUUAUGAAAAACCCCUUCACUCUGGGGGACAGCUCUACUCCAAGCAGAGUGGAGAAGCUCCAAGAGUUUGGCAGGAAGGUGUAUCAGAUUAUGGAGGGUCACAUGGAGGCUCACUUCAUUCUGGAUGAUCCUGCAGGGAACAGCUACCUUCAGAAUGUCUAUGCUCCAGAGGAAGAUCCAGAGCUAAAAGUGGAGCACUACGAGCGCACGUUUGCACAGAAUGAGGAGCUGGGCCUCAAUGACAUGAGAACUGAGGGCUAUGAAACUGAGCUGACCUCUGAGCGGUAGCAGCACAUGGAGGGACAGAAAAGCCAAACUCUUCUCACUAAGUUAUUACUAUUGUAAUAGGGCUAAGGACCUGGCCUAUCUUGCACUGGAAGCAAGCUUUUUGUUGGGCAGCUGGAGGGUACACGUGCUUAAUUUACCUUUUGGAAGUUGGCAGGUGGGCAGACCUUAAAGUCAAAAGUUGAGUCUGUUAAUUACCUUAUUUUGGAGGUUUAUACUUGCAUAAAGAAAAAUGUAAAAAACCUG